CUUGGUGAGGGUGCUUAUGGACAGGUAUACAAAGUUAAACAUAAAGACCAUCAUGACGAAUAUGCGGUAAAGAUAUGUAAAUUAAAAGAAAAAGAGAAACAAAAUGUUUUGAAUGAAACCCAAAGUCUUGUGAAACUUCGGUCAGAAUAUGUGAUUCAAUACUACUAUUCAUGGAUUGAAUGCAAUUGUCUUUACUUUCAAAUGGAGUUAUGUUUAGAUAAUCUCAAAAAUCUGUUGGAAACCAAAAAACCAAAUAAUGAAAUGAUGACUGGUUUUGAUUAUUAUAUAUCGUGUGAAAUAUUUCGUGAACUCACAGAAUGUGUGCAAUAUUUGCACGAAAAGCAUAUCAUUCACAGAGACCUCAAACCGGAUAAUGUGUUGAUUUCAAUGGACGGACGCAUAAAGUUAUGUGACUUUGAAUGUGUGCAAUAUUUGCACGAAAAGCAUAUCAUUCACAGAGACCUCAAACCGGAUAAUGUGUUGAUUUCAAUGGACGGACGCAUAAAGUUAUGUGACUUUGGUUUGGCUAAAGAGGUCGUGAAUAUUGAUUCGUAUAAUAUGUCUAAAGCUAAACAUACGGCAGAUAUCGGGGAUCUAUCAUAUCAAGCACCGGAAGUCCAGACUAAGGAUUACAAUCAUUUGAUUGAUAUCUACAGUCUAUCCCUAAUCGGGGCUCAAUUAUUUAAUUUCGAUCCAUACAUUAUAAUUGACGGA